AUGGAUGGUGUUGAAUCAGUGGAACCCGGUCACAUCAAGCGACUAUGUCCUGGAGACCGGAAACGGAUUGACGUGGGCGUGAACGGUGUAUCGAACGGGACAGCAACGGUUCUGACGGCUGGCGGUCGUUCUGUGUACCAGCAGUCAUUUUCCAACACCUCCGUUGGAUUGACCGAAUGGGCAUCCGACCUGGCUAGUCUCUCGCAGCAUGAGAGCCCGCAAUGUUUGACGAUGCCAAGUUCGGCAUCUUCAUCCACUGGGGUCCAUACUCGGUUCCCGGAUGGGGCAAUUCGACUCCGUGGGAAAGUUAUGCAGAGUGGUUCUGGUGGUACACUACCCAUCGAGCAGCAGACAAACCAGAUAGCUACGAGUACCGAUUGA